UUAUUUAAAAAACAACAAUUUUUUGGGGGGGAUGUUGUCAUGGAUUUUAUUUCUAUUUAUUUUUCUUUUAUUGAUGCCAAUUGUUGAAAAUAAUAUUAUAGCUUUUGAAAGUGCUGUGGAUUUUAUAUCUGAGGCUUCACUCCCAACAACUUUCCACUCAAUAGAAAGGCGUAGAGCUCCAAUUUCCCGUUCCUCAACUUCAUUAAAAGACCUUUUAGCACAAUUAGACAGCCUUUUAUUAUCCUGCAAUAACGAAAAUAAUCAAAUAAAAAUAAUAAAUGGCCAAUUAAUCCAAAAAUUAAUAAACGGGUCAAUUCAGAGAAUUUUAAAAAUAAACACAACAAAUGAGGAUUUAAAAAAAUCGUCUACACAAUUAAAUUUGUUAUUAUCUCUUGCUCAAAUUUAUUCAAAACAUCCAUAUAUUGUUAAUUCUGAUUAUUCGCUUCCCCCAAAUUCAACAAUAACUUCAACACCCGUAACACAGCCAGAUUCGAUUAAUUCACCUGCCUUUGCAUUCCAAUUAAUAUGUAAUGACCAUUCCAGUAAUCCUUAUUGGGUGCCUUUGGCAAUUUACAAAACUGUUGAUCCCCACAAAUAUCUGCAGAUGAGGUUGCCUAAACUUUCUUUGGAUGUUUGUGAAAAUGCUGAUUGCCAAACACAUUGCUCUUAUUCUGUCCACGGGGGAGUAAAAGUUUUCGCGCGUUCUUGCUGCCAUGAAGAAUAUGGUGAGCAACUAUGCAGAGUUGAUUGGCUACUCCUUCAAAAAAUAUUUUUUCUUCUCUCAAUUGUUUGCAUUCUUUUUUGUUUUUUUAUGAUUAUUUUUAUUGUCCGAGAAAAAAGACACGAACAAAAUGAUAGAGGCUGGGCUCUAAUGGAAGCAUUUUUUAUGGGUGCUAUUAUACUUUAUGCUAUUGUAUGUGUAUAUUUUUUCUAUUUAAAUGUUUUUUAA